AGAAAACAAGAAUAAUGUCAACAGGUCAGUAUGAAGCAUGUUUUUUAAAACUCCCGAGGGAACAACACAGUCUGCUGUUUGAAAAUAGUGGAACGGAUUUUGCUCACAAAAUUGAAGACAGAAAUGACGAAAAAUUGGAAAUUAAGGAAGAAAUGGUCGAAAUUGAAUAUAUAAUUGAUGAAGUAUUGGAAAUCAAGGAAAAAGUUAUGGAAGCUCAAGAGACUACAGAUCAAAAACGUAAUAAAAAAUAUAAGUUGAAAUUGGACGCUGUAGAUGUAAAAGAAACUAAUAAUUUUGCUGUCAACGACAAACAGCCGGAACAUUAUAUUCAGAAAAUUCAGGAACCAGAACCGGAUCCGGAGAAGAAGUACAAAUGCGAAAAGUGUGCUCGAACCUAUAAACAUAGAGGAAGUUUGUUUGGCCAUCGAAAAUUCGAAUGUGGCGUCAUCCCACAGUUCAAAUGUAAAUUUUGCGAUAAACGAUUUAAACAAAAAAUUAGUGUUAACAGACAUAUAGGUCUGGUGCAUGAGAAGAAAAAUUCUAAAAAGUCGGAAUUAAAGCAUAAAUGCGACCAAUGUUCUAGAAGUUAUGCUUGGUUAGAUUCAUUAAAUCGGCAUAAACGUUCGGAACAUUCAACAGUCAAGCCGCAAUUUACUUGCGACUAUUGUGGCUUUAAAACGAAUCACAAAUGUUACUUGCCAGCACAUAUGAGCAUACGCCAUCUCAAAGAAAUUAAGUAAGGAUUGAAAAUUUUGCUGUUGCUUUACAUUAAAUACUUGUGAACCUUGAAUUUAUUCACGUAAAAGUCACUGUAUAAUACUCCAUUUACUUUUUAAUGGUAUUGAAGUCUUUUUAGUAAUAAAUUAGUCAAUUUUUAAAUCUCUUCAAGUGGUUUUCCGUACAGUUGUGCGUAUUUCAAAUUUUACAGGACGGCUAAACUAUUUGUUUGUAAUAUUGGUGUUGUUCAGUUUUUUUUAAAUCAUGAAGUAUAGUCAGACCUGGAUUUAAUGUUAAUUUUGGGACUUACGUUGACAUAAAAUUCAGGCUCUCCAAUCGUAAACAGCCGAGAGCGUUUAAACCAUUUCCGGUGAAUUUUACUGCAUAUCCGUAUUUUCACAAAAACUCUGCACUAUAAAACUUAAAGUGGGAAACGUCCGUAACAAAAAACACAGCAACACGACAGGGACGAUCCGAUUGUCUUCCAAUAACAGGUAUUUUUGUUUUAAAACGUUCAUUUUCUCUCUCUCUCCCUUUUUCUAUCCAAUACUUCUUCUUCUGUGUCUUCUUUUUCGAAUCUUAGAUCCUCUUGAUCGAAUAAGACAGCGCCACCAAUUCAGAAGAAAUGUGAAUUUCGAUUAAUUAUUAAUAAAAAAGUUUAUAGUAAAUAAUUAAUUUUCAGCCGUAGUGUAACAUUUUUGAUUAAAAUGAAUUCUUAUUCACUGCUUUUGCCCAUGACAUUGCCCCAAUAACUUCGCAAUACCUUCGUGAUAUAUAUUCGCGUUUUAGAUGGCGCUUUUCUCAAUGAUAACCCCAUUUUAUCAGGACAUGGAAUAAUCCGAUCAGUCCCAUCGGCUUUAGAAGGCAUCGAAGCCCCACCGCUGCUCGGCAUGAGCUCGCCAUUGUGCUUAUUUGCAUAUUCCUCCCGUUUCGCGUGAUCUAUCAUUACGUCGUGACGAAUUUAAUUAUUUUUCUGAAAAACGUCAAAUGGAGGAGCAUUCGAUCCAGGUUUGACUGUAGUU